AAAACAGUCAAUCCCUUAUUUCUGCCACCAAACAGUCAAUCCCUUCCCAACAAACACUCUCACCAGUGAGCCUCUGUAAUUCUUUUCUUCAUCCCUAAGCUUUCCCCUUUCUCUUCCUCCUUCGUCGAUUCUCUCCCCUUUUCCUUCCUUUCUCUCUCUAGUCUGUACAUACAUUAUAUAUACGUACACAUAUAUUGGAUCUCAAAAAUCAUCGACAACCCCCCCAAAAAAAAAAAAAAACCCAAACAUGGCAGUAGACGGAGAGAUCUUAAUCCUCCCAUUCUUUGGGCAAGGCCACCUCUUCCCGUGCAUAGAGCUCUGCAAACACCUCUCCUCUCGAAAUUACCAAACUACCCUCAUUAUUUCCUCAAAUCUCUCCUCCUCCAUCCCCUCCUCCAUCCGCCACCACCCUCUCGUAGAAAUCGCCGAAAUCACCGCUCCGCUGCUGCUGCCGCCUGAGGCUGCCGGAGGAUCCGGGUCUGAACCCGGACCCGGACACAACCCCUUCUACCGCCUUCACCAGCAAUUGGGUUUGGCCCUUGAGUCCUUCCUCUCUUCCAGAAUUAACAAUCCGACCCGACCCGUAUGUGCUGUGAUUGAUGUGAUGAUGAGCUGGAGCAAAGAGUUCCUCGCCAAGUUUGGUAUUCCCACGGCGGCGUUCUUCACCUCCGGCGCCGCAUCCGCCGCCAUGGAGUACGCGUCGUGGAAAGCCAACGUCGCCAAUAUGAAGCCCGGUGAGGUUCGGAUCAUUCCCGGGAUACCCGAAGACAUGGGCUUGACUUAUUCUGAUAUUAACCGACGGUCUCACAGGCCUCCACAUAUGGGUGGUCCCCCAGGUGGACUGGACGGUCCACCCGGUUUACAUGGACCGCCAGGUGGACCACCCAAUUUACAUGGAUCACCAGAUGGGCCGCAACUUGGUCCACCGCAACCGGGUCAUCGGCCACCGUGGGUGGAUGAAGUAGACGACUCGAUCGCGUUGUUGAUCAACACGUGUGACGAUCUGGAGCGUCCGUUCAUUCAAUAUGUAGCGAAUCAGAUUGGAAAACCGGUCUACGGUGUGGGCCCACUAUUGCCGGAACAGUACUGGAAUUCAGCCGGUUCAGUUAUUCACGACCGGGUCAUCCGGCCCAAACGACAAUCCAAUUACACGGAAGACGAAGUGAUCCAAUGGUUGGAUUCAAAGCCGCGUGGAUCUGUGAUAUACGUGUCGUUCGGGAGUGAAGUUGGGCCCACUUUAGAGGAAUAUGCUCAACUAGCUAAUGCUUUAGGAGAGUCAAACCGGCCAUUUAUAUGGGUGAUUCAACCCGAUUCGGGUAGGCACGGUCCGCCUCGUGCUUUCUUGGGUGAUAAACCCGGUUCAGAUACUGCAGAAGAAGAAGGCUACUAUCCUCAUGGGUUGGAUAGCAAAGUAGGUGAUAGGGGUUUGAUAAUACGCGGAUGGGCACCUCAGCUGAUGAUAUUGAGCCACCCAUCAACGGGUGGAUUUUUGUCGCAUUGUGGGUGGAAUUCGACUGUGGAGGCAAUUGGGCGUGGGGUGCCCAUUUUGGCAUGGCCGAUUAGGGGUGACCAAUUUUACGAUGCGAAGCUGGUGGUGUGCCACCUCAAAGUAGGGUACAUGGUAUCAAAUGGUGACCUAUCGGAAAUUGUGAAGGAAGACAUAGUGCAAGGGAUUGAGAGGUUGAUGGCUGAUGAAGAGGUUCACAAGCGAGCGGCGGCAUUAGGUGGCAAGUUUGAGGGCGGUUUUCCGGCGAGUGCGGGGGCUAGUUUGGAUGCUUUUAGGGAUUUUAUUAGCCAAAAAUCACCUUGAAUAUUAUACCAAAAAAACAAAAACAAAAACAAAAACAAAAAUAAAAAUAAAAAUGUUGAAUGGUUUUUUUUAUAGGAGCAAUUAUAGCGUUUUCCCUCUCGUAAUUGGACUAUUACUUUCAUAAUUUGUGUGACAGGCUUCUUUUGCAUAUGUUUCGUGCUUCAGUUAUGAAUGAGUACUUUGUGUAAUCCAAACUUGCAUUUUUAUUUUUUUG